UUAGUGGCAAACAAAAUGUUCUGAAAAACUGGUUAUUUAUAGUGCUUUCGCAAAUAAAUAGUUUGGCACGUUAAAUAAGAACACAAAUCUGUUGAGAUUUUCACGAGAUUAUGUUUAUUUGCAGCUGCUUCGAAAAGACCGUGUCUUUAUCAAAUGUAUCCAUUUAACUCUAUCUGCAGUAUAUCCACGACCGACAAGUAGACAAGAGGGCAAAUGGACUAAAAUGGGAAAAAUAGGGAAAAAACAUUCUUUAUCAAAGUUUUUGCUUGCUUUGCCUGGCAAUUGUUUUUUGUUAAUGUUAAAUACUAAUGUGACAAACUUAUUAAGGGUGCACAAAAUCGCCAAUGCAAUAGUAGGUAAUAAUGAUUUUAUUCAAUGAAAAAAACUUUGCAUAUUGUAUGAUGCAUGUUAAAAUAUAAAAAAAUAUAAAUGCACAUAAUUUUAUAUUUUAAAAACUUCCCCUAAAUACUCUACGCAUUCUUCUUCUACUGCUUGUACUGUUCUCUGCUUCAAAACUGUUUUGUCAUUUGUCGAGGCUCCUGGGCGGUCAGAAUGCUAUACUGAAUGGAUGAUUCUUGUCUGAUCAUAUGUACAAAUAAAAAUGUCUGUUGCAUGUAUUAUUCCAGGUGAAUUAUUUAAAUCUGCUUCAUCAUAGCCUUCAAUAAUUUGAAUUUUCUGCUUUUUGAUGCCACUUGCAAUAUUUCUAAAUUGUCCUGAAAAUUGUGUUUUUCAUAUUAAAAUGGGUAGCGUAAUUAGAUACUAAACUUUUAUUUUUGUAUGCUCUCGUAUAUUCGUUGAUACGUUUUCAAAGAAACCGCUUGUCCAAUAAAAAUGACAGGAUUUGCACUUUAACCCAUAGACUCCUAAUUUUUAAUUUUUUUUUAUUUAUUUUUUUUUUAAUUUUUCAAUUGUGUUGUCAGUUUUAAGUGUAAUCUUUAGAUCACACUUCGGUAGAUGCUAUGAUACUUUCUUACUAGGUUCUGCUCUAUAUGUAACUGUGCACUUGAUUUACAGUAAAUGGACUUCAGGGCUAUUUGAUACUGUUCAAACAGUACUACCGAGAAAUUAAGAUUAUAUUUUAAACACCCAAGAAACGGACACAUUCCUCUCUAAUUAUCUUUUCAUAUAAUCAUUUUAGCCCAAUCCGUAUUGUUGAUAAUGUAAACUUGUGACCGCAGGUAGCACCACUUUUUAUGGCAGUGAUUGGGCUAUUUAUCUGUGAAAGCACUAUAAAUUACCUAUAGGACAUAUUUAUGUCCCAAAGAUAUAUUUAAUAAAAAAAUACUAUUGGGAUAAGUGUUUAAUGUAAAAUCUAUACAUUUUCCUGUUAAUGGUUCAUGUAUGUAUGAAAACUUAAUAUUUGUUACCCAAAAACCAAGGUGUCCCAGUAAUGGUAACGACGUAUGAUUUUAGGGAGACGGAUGUUCCUAAAAGUUUGAAAAAAAAAUUAUGAAGUAAAUAGGCCAAGGCAAGAUGCUGAAAAUUGUUUUGGCGUUUUUAAAAUGCUUACCAGGUGGCGUAAUUAUCUGUAAUUUAAAAAAAAAUGGUUAUAUUGAUACUAUAUUAAAGCUGAAAAAAGUGCAAAUAUUUUUUAUUUAAUGCUGUUUGCUUUAUUUCGUCAAGGAAAGCAGUAGGAAGUAUUGGAAUUGUUUUUUAAAUAAAUGUCAAUCGUGCUAUGAGUACGUUAUUGCGAUUGCAAUUGCUUACUUUGCCACCAGGCGGAGUUUUCUGUCAUAAUCGCAAAAAAGAAAACAUCUGGAGAUAGUAUAUUAUACAAUAAGUGCGGUAAAUGGCAUUUAACUCACGAGCUUGUUUACCGAACCGUUAGUUUUUGGUUACAUUUUCAUGACAUGACUGUCAGAAUUGACAAACGUCAAAAUUCAAAGCGUGGGAAAUAUCUCCGAAAAUCCGUGCGGUAAAAUCCCGGGAAUGUCCGAAGUGGCUCGCAUUCGUGGGAAACGAAACUGACGUGGUAAAGUGACGCUUCCCGCACACUAGAUCGGAGUUGUCAUUAGAUAAUCAAAUAAGGGCAUAACCGCUUAGCAAAAACGGCAUCAUAUUAUCUUAUUAUCUUUAUAUUAUGACAAGGCAAGGAUCACAAUCGCGUCACUCCUAGCACCGUUGAUAUCCUGGGAAAAGUCUAUUUUAACGACUGCAAGAUUAUUAAAAUGAGUUAAGCCUUUUUGGAAAUAUGAACAUUUAUAUAAAAAAAAUAUUCGAACAACUUCACCAUUUUCCUUCCAGAAAUAGAGCAAACAGCAUUUAAUAAAAAAUAUUUGAAUUUGUCUCACAUUUAAGAUUGUACUCAUUGUAGCUAUGCCGAGUUUUGAUUAAAUUAUUCCAGCAUUUUGGUUUGGCCGAUUUCUUUAAUAUAUAUUUUUUUAAAUUUUAGGGUCAUCCGUUUUCCUAAUAUCGCACCUCGUUUGCCUUACUGGGACACCCAGAAUAUUUGAUAAAACGCUUAUUUGAAAAAAUAGUUUAAAACGUAAGUGUCGUUUACCGAUCUCGUAAGAGUAAUUAUCUAAUUAUUGCCAUGAUCGCAGCUUUGCAGAAUAUUUGGGGUUUACUUCUACAGAGCUUAAUUGAAACUGGUUUGCAUAGGGGGCGAAACUAAAGGAAGGACAUGACCAUUGUCUUAGGUAUUGGCGAAAGGUAAAGUCCUGAAUUGCGGUUAAGAUUGUUUCUUUCGUUAAAGGUUUCCAUUGUUUUUCGGAUUUCUCUAUUUUUCUGUGGUAAAAGAAUUGAUUCCACGCAAGGAUUUUAGUUUGGUCGAAUAGGAUUUGAUGUACGACUUCAUGAUGUUCGGCCGCUUCUGAUGAGUUUAUUUGUGGCAGUGUUACGGCUCAUUCAUGUUCUUUUAGCAUAGUUGAUAUUUUUCGCCUUGUCUCUCCAAUGCAUUCUUUGCUGCGUAUGUCUCAAGCUGUCUCAAACGGAAUUUUGAGUUUGAUGAAUCGAAGAGUUUUGGACAAGUGGUAAAUCUGGUCUAAAUUUUAUAUUUCUUAAUAUAUGUUAUCUUCUGCCUAGAAUCAUAUUCACCAAGGUAAAAAAUAAUCGAAACACUGUGGUAAAUGUAUCAUCGCACCAACUCUCUAACACUGAAAAAUUACAACCAUUAAAAUUAAAAUUGUUGAGCCUAUCUUAAACAAAAUCUUACUUAAACAGCUAAUGAAAUUCGACUUGAAAUCACAACAAUCCUUAAGAACCCCAAACCUCUUAAAUCUAAUAUUCCAAAGCCUGAACGCAUAGCACUAAAAUCUUUAAAAUAUAAUCCCGACAUAGAAAAUUUAAAAACAGAUAAAAGAUCAUGAACACAACUGACUACCAAACAAACAAAAUACUUUUCGCCAUAAGAAAAUGAGCGUGAAAGCACCCCCACACUUGGUACCGUGGCAAUAGUCACAUAUCAAAAGUUCUUAAAAAAUUUACUACCAAAAGAAAAUCCCAGAAACCAUCGAAAUCUCUAAACAACCAAACAGUGUUAAGCGAGUCUUUAAGCGGUGAGGGAAUCAGUCAUCCGAGACAAUGUUCCUUUUUUAGCUGCGCCUGCAUCAAAGAAUAUAUAAGCUGGCACAGAGGAGGGUGCAAACUAGUUUCAGUCAAACUCUCAAGAAGUCAACAGAAUGAUUGAGGGUUUCUUUGAUAACUAACUAAACAAAAGUCGAUAGGUCAGUUUUUAGGAACCAGGUACGGUAUUCAUUUUUACGUAUUCUUUACAUCAGGGACGAAAAAUCGUUUAGAAAAACUUUAACUCAACAAUGAAUAGUACGGCCGUCCAAAUUUCAAGCCCCUCCAUUAUCAAGUUCAACGCGUCAAAAGACGAAACUCAGAAAGCGAGUGCUAAAAAUGAACGAGCUCAGCAUUCGAUAAAACCUGAUCAACAUCGGGCGGUACCCAAGCGUGUGAUAAAAUCGGACGUCGCUACGGUACCAGAAGAAAACCAUUGCGAUGACGACACCGACGAAGACGAGCCUCUGGAAAUGAAACAGAUCAGUCCCCAGGAUGAUUCCCGGACCUCUAAACCUUCCGAAUACGUCAGCAGGAAUCCCGCUGUAAGACCGACCGACUUGGGAGCGUCGUCUCCGCUGGGAUCGGUCAGGAAACUCGUCAGGUCGAGGCAGGAUCUCGUUCCGCUUUCUCUGGCUAGCAACGGCGGCACUUUAGCUUCGAGCUUGAGCAGUCCGAAUUUUAAAAGGGAACACAGUAUGAGAUCCCUAAAGAACUAUCAUCAUUUAAUGAGCGAUAUACAGGGCGGACAUCCUUCCAGCUUCGAUUCGGGGUACAGUCAAUCGAAGCCCUUGUCCGACGUCGGAUCGGUCAGAUCGUGGGCCUCGGUGGGGAUGGGGUCGACGGAUGGGAAAAAGAUGAUCGUCCGACGGGUUCCCACGUCACCCGUCGAGCUAUUUAACAUCGUCAAUCCUCCAACACCACCCGAAGAGUAUAUAUAUGAUGACGAAAGUGGUGACGCUACAGAUGACGAUGAAGAUAGUGUUUACAUUAAACCUAGACGGCAGCACUGGUCCAAUAAACUACAGUUCGUUUUAGCCUGUGUAGGAUACAGUGUUGGACUAGGUUCAAUAUGGAGGUUUCCCUAUUUGUGUUACAAAAGUGGGGGAGCUGUUUUUUUAAUACCUUACGCCAUUAUAAUGAUAUUUAUUGGCGGACCUAUGUUGUACAUGGAAUUAGCAGUAGGUCAAUUUACAGGAAGGGGUCCGAUAGGAGCGCUGGGACAUUUGUGUCCAUUAUUUAAGGGCGCCGGUUUGGGCAGUGUUGUGAUUUCCUUCCUUAUUUCCACGUACUAUAGCGUAAUAAUCGCUUAUGGGGUGUACUAUUUUUUCACGUCGUUCCGGUCGAAGGAACCGUGGGACGAUUGUUCUCAUAUCUGGAAUACUCCGUACUGUUGGGUACCAUCGAAAUCGACCCAAAAUAUCACGAAACCGAUGUACAGCCAUUCGCCAGCAGAAGAAUUUUACGAUCGUAAAGUCCUUCAGAUCGGCAGAGGCAUAGAAGAUUUCGGGAUCAUCCGAUGGGAGCUGAUCACGUGUCUGAUCUGCGCGUGGAUUCUGAUCUAUUUCGGCAUUUGGAAAAGUAUAAAGUCGUCGGCAAAAGUCCGGUAUUUCACGGCCACCUUCCCCUUCAUCAUCAUUAUCGUGUUAUUGAUAAAAUCGCUCACGCUAGAUGGAGCCGACAAAGGCAUGAGAUACUUUUUCAAACCCAAAUUCGAAUUGUUGUUGGAUGCUAAGGUAUGGGUUAAUGCCGCCAGUCAGACGUUCAACUCCAUGGGCUGUGCGUUCGGUUCGAUGAUUUCAUUUGCCAGUUAUAAUAAAUACGACAACAAUAUAAUGUACGAUACCAUAGCAGUUUGGCUAGUAAACGCGAUAACGAGCCUUCUGGUUGGAAUAUUUGCUUUCGCAACGAUUGGCAACAUUGCACUCGAACAAGGCACUUCUAUAGAAGACGUUAUCGAUGAUGGUCCCGGGUUGAUUUUCGUGGUCUAUCCCCAGACGAUGGCAAAAAUGCCUUCUUCGCAACUCUGGGCAGUGUUUUUCUUCUUCAUGUUGAUCUGCCUCGCCUUGAACAGUCAAUUCGCGAUCGUCGAAGUUGUGCUGACGUCGAUUCAAGAUGGUUUUCCGGCGUGGAUUAAACGAAACUUGAUGUGCCACGAAGUGCUUGCGCUCAUCAUAUGCUUCAUUUCGUUCUUGUGCGGGAUUCCGAAUGUCACGCAAGGCGGUAUAUAUUUUUUCCAAUUGAUAGAUCAUUACGCGGCCUCGAUAUCCAUCAUGUAUCUGGCGUUCUUCGAAUGCGUAGCAAUAACGUGGUUCUACGGCACGUUCAGGCUGUGCAGGAACGUCAAAACCAUGACGGGCAGACAUCCCGGCUGGUUCCUCAAGAUCUGCUGGUUGGUGAUAACGCCGCUAAUGAUUUUUGCGCUCUGGGUCUUCUUGAUCAUUGAUUACGAACCACCGACUUACAAUAAUGGAAACUAUCAUUAUCCCGGAUGGGCUAUAGCGAUCGGAUGGAUCAUAGCUUCGUUGUCGAUAUUGUGCAUACCCGCAUACAUGAUUGUGAUAUUUGUUAGGUCUCCCGGGUCCACGUUUUUAGUGAAAUUAAAAAACUCGUUGAAAUCCGACCUGGACGAUAAGUGCCCCAAAGGUUGCGAAUCGGACUGCGACUGUGCACUGAAAGAGGAAGACUGCAACCCUAUGUUGGUAAUGCAAGGUCCGGCGGAUCUUAGAGACGAUAGAAACCUCCAAAGCACUAUGUAUACCGCUUUAGGGCAGACAGACAUCGUUACGAAUAACAGAGAUAACGGAAGCGGAAAUCCCAAUGCCGUAUCCGGCGUUUCGGAUGAUGUCAGUGAAUACGACAACGUAAAUAAUCGGCCGAGUAAUUACCAUUCCAAUCACCAUUCUGGUGUUAAGUGAACUCGAGUGUCGAAACAUUAUUUUUCAGCACCUUGUAGGUUGCCGACGUAAUGUAACCGAAGACUAGAGAUUUAGGCGUUUUGUAGUUCUAAAUAAUAAA